AUGUGGACCUCGCGCCUCCCCUACAGCUCCCUACGUGAGAGAGGCGCUCGGGAGGCGGCCCAAACCGACUCGAGCACGAAGAAGAAGAAGCAGCAGCAGCAGGCGAGGAAGCACGAGGGUUGGGACGAGGGCAAGGAAAAGAAGAUGAAGAAGAAGACGAUGACGAAGAAGAACGGGAGGACGGGCGCCGGCGGUGGCCAGCAAGGGAACGCAUAUGGCGCCGCCACCGCCGGUGUGCCACCACUCCGCGCACUCACCACGGGCGUGGGCCAGGUGGAGCGCGACAAAGAUGUGGUGGCGCUCCGCCUGGAGGCCUUCGUGCGAGAUGCCAGCGUGCAGCGAGAGGCCGACCAAGCACCCCGCGGCGCUGCAGCCGCUGCCAACGACGACGACCACGAACGCGAUGAUGAUGAUGAUGAAGGCGACGGUAAUGAAGAAGCGGAAGAACAAGAAGAGGGCGCAAGGGGCAGGAGGCGCGUGCAAGAAGUGAAGGGCCACCGUUCGCGAGGCGAGCGCGUGAUGGGGCUGCUGGGCCGGGAGCGGGACCUGGAGGCCGCGCUGGCGCUCUUCGAGGCCCGCACCACCUCCGACGACCACCUGCGCCGCAUGCCGCCCGCGCUCCUCUCCCUCCUCGCCGACCCCAAGCGCACCCACCACGAGUGUGCGGAGCCGCUGAUGGAGAUGUUUGUGGAGUUUGUGUGGGAGCACUACUACUACGGGCGGCCUCUGAAGUCGUCCGCGGGCGACGAGGGCGGUCGCGGAGCAGUCUUGCUCCCGCCCGCCGACGACCUCCGCGCCGAGACUGAUGAGGAGGAGGAGGAAAAGAAUGCGUGGCGCACGUUCCGGCGGAUGGCGACCGACCUGCGGCACCCGCACGCGUGGUACCCGCUCGCACGCGCCCUCCCCGGCGGCCGCCGCAUCGUGCUCCACGUCGGACCCACCAACAGGCACGCACACGCCCGCGCCUUCCCCUCUCUCACGCACGAGGCGCUGACGCGGCUGGCGGCGUCGCGGAGCGGGGUGUACUGCGGGCCGCUGCGGCUGCUGGCCGAGGAGGUGUUCCGGCGCAUGAACAAGGAGGGCGUGGCGUGCUCGCUCCUCACCGGGCAGCGCGUCGUCACCGACCCCACCGCGCGCCACCUUGCCUGCACCGUCGAAAUGGCCGACGUCGCCAGGCACAUGCUGGGGGACCAGGAUCGCGGGUGGGCGUGGACGCGCGCCCUGCUGGGCCUGCCCGCGGCGGAGGUGCACCUGUGCGGCAACGAGUCCAUCGUGCCGCUGGUGCAGAAGAUCUGCCAGGACACCGGCGAGCGCCUCCACGUCCACCACUACACCCGCCUCUCGCCCCUCGUCGUCUCCGACACGCCGCUCGGGCGUAAGUGGUACAAGUCGCUGCGGGCGGGCGAUUGCGUGGUGGCGUUCUCGCGGGCCGACAUCCACACCCUCAAGCGCGAGAUCGAACGCAACACGCGCCACCGCUGCUGCGUCGUCUACGGCAACCUCCCGCCCCAGACCCGCGCGGAGCUCUUCAACGAUCCGGCGAGCGAGUACGAGGUGCUGGUGGCGAGCGACGCCAUCGGGAUGGGCCUCAACCUGAACAUCUCGCGCGUCGUGUUCUCCACCCUCCACAAGUUCGACGGCCACAAGCGGCGCCUCUUGACCGACUCGGAGAUCAAGCAGAUCGCCGGCCGCGCCGGCCGCUACCGCUCCAUCUUCCCCACCGGCGAGGUCACCGCGUUCGACGGCGCUGAUCUGCCCCGGAUUCGGCGGGCCUUGCUGCGCGAACUGGAACCACUGCCGAGCGCGGGGCUGGCCCCGACAUUCGAGCAGGUGAGCAUGUUCUCGCGCGUCUAUCCGCAGUCCCCCUUCUACGAGCUCCUGGACGAACUGACGCUCAAGGCGGCCGUGAGCAGCCACUACUUUCUGUGCGGGAACGACGACCGGGUGUCGGUGGCCAAGCUCAUCGAGUCGGUGCCCCUCUCCCUACGCGAGCGGUUCAAGUUCAGCAUCGCCCCCUUUGCGAAUAGCCACGCGUCUGAGGGCGAGGUGGAGAUGGAUCUGCGACCUGAGAGGGGCGACAGCAAGAGCGGGCGGCUGGCCGAGCUGGAGAGCUUCCACCACGUGCUCGACCUCUACCUGUGGCUCUCCUACCGCUUCGACAGCUUCACCGGGCGGGACCGCGCCAUCCGCCUCAAGCAGGAGACCGAGCAGCGCAUCCAGGAGCUCCUCGUCAGCCAGACCGAGGCCAGCAAGCAGAGUCGCGCGCAGAAAGGGUCGGCGCUGGACCACAUCAAGGGCCACCUGCAGCGGCAGCAGGAAGGACAAAGAGCUGCGGAGCGGCCUCCGGUGGUGCUGGGCACGACCACGACUGCUGCAGGUGGAGGCGAGCGGAGGAAGGCGCGGCGCAGAAGCAGCGAGGCAACCGGCACUGCCGCACCCUCGCCGCACGAGCCCGCGCAGUGGGCACAGGCACUCAACGCCGCACUUGCCGCCAGCACAACGCAUCGGAAGGGCACCCCCGCCAAGGCCCAACGCAAACGCAACUCGCGGGAGGAGGAUGACGAAGAUGAAUGA